AUGACGCGCGGCCACCGCGUCCGGAGCCGCGUCGGGGACCCGCAGGCCGCGAGCUCGGCGCCCGACUUGGCCCCAGACGUCUUCGUCAUGCGGGUGUUGCUGGAAGAGACCCGGGAGAUGUUCCCAGUGACAAACUGCCGCGGCGACAUGACUGUGCGCGAGCUCAAGGAGGAGUUGGACCUGGUAGCCGGCAUUCCCGUGGACCUCCAGCGGCUCCAGUACCUGGACCAAGGCGUUUUGAUGGAUGACACCACACUGAAGUUCCAUGAUGUCGUUCCUGGUGGAAUUAUUUCAUUAUGUGUCUGGCGGUAUGAUGGAUGGACGGAACUGGUUUUGGCGGCUGCAGAAGGGGAUCCCAGUAAGCUCUCUUGCCUUGGUGUCACUGAAGAUUCUUUCUACCAAACUGCAAAUUCACAACAUCUUAAAGAGAAGCAGUGGAAGAAGUGGGUAUCUCAGCGAGCGUUCGUAGCACUGUAUAUUGCCUCACACAGAGGGCACGUGGAGGCUGUGCAAUACCUUCUAGAACACGGAGCCAACUGUCUCAGCAGGACCCCCGUGGGCAGGACACCCCUGCACGUGGCUGCAGCCAUGGGCCAGUUGGACUGUAUAAGCCUCCUGCUCAAGUACGGAGCCUCCACCAACGACAAAGACGCCAAGGGCAUGACCCCCGUGGUCAUCUCCCGCCGCCUGAACCACAAGCACAAUGAACGACAGUACAAGAUGCUCCUCCUGCACUGGGUGGCAAACCCCAGUGACCGACAGGACAGGCCCCAGGGGGUCCUGAGCAAUUUCUUUGGCUCUCAGUCGGAUUCAGAUGGGAAACCCUCCCGGAAACCCGCCCCGGACCUCUCAGGGUCGGUCCGACGGCUCCCGCCAGGUGGCGCUGCUGCGCGCGGCUGA